AUGAAUCGUCCCGUUAGCAUGCUCUCAUCUAUACUUCCAGUCCUCUUAUACGUAGUAAGCCAACUUUGGGUCGUGAAUGACGCAUUACCUUAUAUCCAGCUCUGCGAUCAAUAUCCGUUUUAUCCACCUUGCAGAUUUCAGCUAUCAUCAGAAAAACGAAAUGAGAAUCGCGAAUUUAUUCGACUUCGGCGCAACGAAUUCAAUCCGUCAACAUAUGAUUACAUACGGUUUGGCAAGAAAUCGUCUGGGUUUCAAGAUAGCAAGAAAGUAAGUAAAAUUGCAGUAGAGUUACCGCAUAUUCCAAAUCGACGGGAAAUCUCAGAUGAUCACUUAAAGCAAUUUGGAAUCAGUGAUGAGCAACGCUUGUUCAGGCGUAUCACCAACAAUUAUGAUAUUUCCGUAAGGCCUGUACGCAAUGCUAGUACUGUUGUAAACGUGUACAUGGGCUUAACACUUACACAUAUUUUCAAUAUAGAUGAGCGAAAUCAAGUGUUAGCUUUGAACGUUUGGGUGGAACAAAAUUGGCACGAUGAAAGGAUUCAAUGGGAUCCUACAGAAUUUGGUAACAUCAGCAAAUUGACAUUAGGAACACAAUACCUGUGGACGCCUGAUAUCGUUCUUUAUAACAACACAAAUGACCCACACAUUUAUCAGAUUAUUGGACAAAUUAUUCGCUCAUAUAAGCUUGCAGCUCAGUGGGCACCUCCAGCAAAAGUUUACUCAAUUUGUAAACUAGAUGUGAGAUUUUUUCCAUUUGAUGAUCAGCUCUGCAUACUCGAAUUCGGCUCGUGGAUAUAUGAUCAAUCACAAUUAGACGUCCAAAUUAUGGAACGAUUUGAUGGAAAAGAUCCGUUCACACGCGAUUCAUUUAUGGAAAAUGGUGAAUGGGAAAUUGUAGCAAAUCGAACUCGGAAGGUUCUUCGAGGUCGACAAACAAUCUUCCCAACUAUCGUAUUUGAGCUGCAUUUGCGACGAAGAGUACUCUUCUUCAUCUAUAAUGUUAUUGUCCCGUGUGUUAUGCUUUCGGUUUUAACAAUGAUGCAAUUUGUACUGCCUUGUGAAAGUGGUGAAAAAAUCACUCUUGGCUUGACAGUGCUUCUAGCAUAUUCAGUGUUCAGUUUUAAUAUUGCGGAGAAUAUGCCUGAAACAUCAGAAGUUAUCCCUCUCAUCGCUAUAUAUCUAAUGGGAAUUAUGGGGAUUUCCGGUCUUAGUGUUUGCUUAUCGGUCCUUGUUCUCAAUAUGAGACAUGGUGCUGCGCACAAUUACAGAGCACCGAAAUGGCUACAUUUCAUUGCAUAUCGAAUUCUGGGUCAAUUUUUUGGCAAGUCGUCAUCAAAAACACGUCGGAAGCCUGUUGAAAGUAUUGAUGAUACAAAAGACAUUAUAAGCAGAAUUCUUAUGAAACGAAUAGAAAAAGACAAUGAACAAGAAGUGCUAAUCGAAGAAUGGAAUUACAUUUCGGGAGUUUUCGAUCGCUUCUUUUUUUGCUGCAUAUUCUUUUUGACUGGUGCUGCUACUUUGACACUGCUUUUGUUGGCUCCACGAUUUAGUCAUCGUGACUUUGACUGGCAAGUGUAA